CGUGUUGGAGGAAUACUGUUUUACGAUCCGGUUUCCACUUCUCACCCGAUCCCUCUGACCUCCGUUUUACGAGUUCGGUUCGAACGGAACGGAUCGGGGCGAAGGCGAGGCGAGUGUGUGCGAGACCCGAAAUAAAAAUAAAUUAAAAAAAAAUCUGCUUCAACGAGAGAACCCAGAAAAAAACCAGCAGAGAGAAGUCUCCAGAUUCUAGGGUUGGGGAAUCGCGGCGAGAGGAAGUAGCAGCGGCGGCGGCGGAGGGAGGGGAGGUGAACCAGCAGCCUGAGCAGGAGCGGCGGCGUCGGCGGCGGCGGAUUCCAAGUUUUGUUGCAAUGGGUUUCUUCAGGACCAGCUUCACAUUAAUGUUUGGAAUGGGAUGUGGUGUCUAUGUAGCUCAGAAUUAUGACGUCCCAAAUGUCAAGAAGCUAUUCAACACGUACAUGUUCCUAGCCAAGCAUAUUGAGGAAACAUAUCGUAAGCCAAAGAGAGACGACUGAUAGAUUGCAAAGUUUUUUCUUGCAUCACCCUUGGAUUGUGAAGUAUAUCUCUGACAUGAUACAGAAAAUGUAAUCUCUUCAGAAGUUUCAUAGGAAGUUUCUAUUUCUCGACAACUGUUGAACUAUGAUCUUGGUUAGCUGUGAGAUUCUACCGAUGUAACAGUUUUGCGGAUAAUUUACCGGAUGUCUAGUUGAGCACUUCUUUUUUGUUUGAUUGCCAAUUGUAGGCAAAUGGAAAGUUUAUGCUAAUUUUUUUCAAAUUUUUGUGGCCU